AUGAGCCUGCCCGAAUUCGCUGCCGCUCCUCCCGUGCGUUUUCUAGAGUCGUAUGGCCCCAACGCGGCCUUCAACCAGAAGAAGUGCGAGCAGCUAGCGGCCGAUUUUUUCAGAGACUCGGUCAGGCGAGUGCGGGAGUGCAACGAACGACAGUUGGAAACAGGUCUUCGCCUCCAGGACCCAGCUUUCUUUGCCCGGCGCGAGCAGAUAUGGGCUCAAUCAGGGAGGCUCGAGGCCAGAUAUCUGCGCUUUCUCCGGACUAAGGAGGAGCUGAGCAAUUACAUCACCAUCCAGACCGUCGGCAAAGGCGCGUAUGGCGAGGUUAAACUCGUGCGGAAGAAGCAGGACGGGAAGGUAUACGCCCUCAAGCGCCUUGUCAAAACCGAGAUGAUAUCCAAGGAGCAACUCCCCUAUGUCCGGGCUGAGCGGGAUCUCCUAGCCGAAUCGGACAGCGAGUGGAUCGUGAGGCUCUGCACGACCUUCCAGGAUGCGACGUCCCUCUACAUGCUGAUGGAGUUCCUUCCUGGCGGCGACCUGAUGACCAUCUUGAUCAAGUACGAGAUCUUCUCUGAGGAUAUCACUAGGUUCUACAUGGCUGAGAUUAUCAUGGCCAUCGAAGUCGUCCACAAACUUGGCUUCAUCCACCGAGACAUCAAGCCUGACAACAUCCUGCUUGACCGAGGGGGUCACGUCAAGCUCACAGAUUUCGGUCUCUCCACGGGCUUCCGCAAGAUGCACGACAGCAGCUACUACCAGGAGCUCCUCGGGGGCCACGCCCCUCACCAGCCAGGCGCCCAGCUGCCGCCGAGCCGCAACUCAGUCAACAUUGACGAGAUCAACUUGACGGUCAGCAACCGAGCGCAGAUCAACGAGUGGCGCCGGUCGCGGCGCAUGAUGGCCUAUUCCGCCGUCGGCACCCCUGAUUACAUUGCACCCGAGCUGUUCCUCCGCAGUGGUUACUCGUUCGACAUCGACUGGUGGUCGAUGGGCACCAUCAUGUACGAGUGCCUGGUGGGCUGGCCCCCCUUCUGCGCCGAGCACAGGCAGGACACGUACCAGAAGAUCAUAAACUGGAGGCAUACCUUGGUUUUCCCGGAUGAUAUCCAACUCAGCCCCAUGGCUCAGCACCUAAUCAGGAGCCUUGUUCGCGAAUCAGAGAACCGUCUCGGGAGCAGCGGCGCAGCCGAGAUCAAGAACCACCCCUUCUUCGCAGGCGUCGACUGGGGCAGCCUGCGCCGCAUACGGGCCCCCUUCGAGCCCCGCCUGAUGUCCGACGUCGACACCUCGUACUUCCCCGUCGACGAGCUCCCCCAGGGCGACGGCUUUGAGAACCGGGAUGCGGGCGCCGCGGGCGGCGUCGCGCAGCCGGAUCUGGGUGCGGACGUGGUGACUCCCGAGAUGAGCUUACCGUUUAUUGGGUACACGUUCAAACGGUUUGAGAAGUCGUACAGUUGA